UAUCUGAUACUGCUACGGAGUACUGCAGACGGACGGUACUGUACUCCGUAGUUACUCCGGAUCGGCCUAUUUCAAUUGAUUAGUCACAGCAUGCGACCAUCUUCCAGCAACAGAACAACCCAUCGCGCAGCAGUCCGUUGCUUUUUCGGGGCUGCAAUCUUGGUGCCAGCUCAUCUGACCCGGAGCCAUGCGCAACGCGAUGGUCGCGUCGCGCGUCUGCCGCCCACCGCCUUGCUGCGAGGAUUUCUAUGCCGUCUCCAUCUGCUCAGUCGCCGACAUACUAGACCAGUCGCCGACCGCUACGGAGUACGCAGUAUGCAUCUAUCGAGUCCGGCGAAGAGCCCAAUGGCUGUCUGUCUGAGAUGAUUCUCCAGCGCGGUCGCAGCAAAGCCUUUCUCUCAUGAACGUCUACUCCUCUUUCCAUCACGGCCUUUGGGUCCCUUGCGCCAAUGAUUUUCCGUCGACUGCGCAAGCGGCAUACCUUUCAUGCAAAUUAUCCGCAGGAUAUUCCUUCGUCAU